GAUGUGCUAGUGCCAUUCUAAGUCUUCGCUUCAAGACGACCGGUUAGUACGGGACCGAACGCGGCAGUGAUUAUUUAUAUGUAUAUAGAUAUACAUACGUAUAGCAAGAAAUAUCCGUACAUAUAUAUUUAUAUAUAACAAGAAAUAUUAUAAAUAGUAACAUCAAAAUAAACACUACGAAAACGAGUUCAAAAGCGUAAACACCUCAAGUCAAAGACUACAUACAUACAUACGUCGAAAGUAAUUUCAAUUCUCCGUUGUUUUUUAUUUUACUUUUUUUUUUGAUUUUCUAAUACUAAAAUAUGAUAAGAAGACUCGUCGUAUUUGUGUUAUUCUUUGGUUUCGUACUUGUACAACCCUCGGCACUAUGUAACACGGUACCAACCACACCAGCUGAGCGAUUGCCAACCAUACCAAGCGGUAUUUUUCUGACAGAGGCGCAACUUUACGCCACACCACCACCAGUCAACGCCUACGACGACUUCGACGACUAUGUACCAUAUCGCAGCGAUGCUUUGGAUCAUUUUUCCUGGUCUUUGAUUAAGUUGGUGCUGCAAGAGGAACAAGAAAAUGUCAUCAUUUCACCCUUCUCUGUCAAAUUGUCAUUGGCUCUGCUCGCCGAGGCGGCAGGGAACGGCUCGCAAACUCAACGUGAGCUUUAUAGCACACUAACAGAUAUCAAGCAACCGGACAAUUUACGUGGUUUCUACAGAAAGUCGUUGGCAGUGUUGAAAAAAGAUAAUCCCUUCUAUACGCUGAAUGUGGAAUCGAAGCUGUUCACCGAUCUCGCUGUGGAGCCGCAACAACGCUUCGCUGCCAUAUUGAAUAGCUACUAUCACACGGAUAUCGAACGUUUGGACUUCACAAAGAGCAACGCUGCCGCGCAAACGAUCAACGAUUGGUGCAGCAAUGUCACACAGGGUCGUCUAACGCAAUUGGUCAAUGAGGGCAAUGUGCGCAAUAAUGUUUUGUUGAUGGCGAAUGUGUUGUAUUUCAAUGGUCUCUGGCGUCAUCCAUUCAAUACCACCUUCGAUGGUGUCUUCUUCCACACGCCACAAAAACAAGUGCGCGCUGAGUACAUGGAACAAACCGAUUUCUUCUAUUACUACAACGACGCCGCAUUGGAUGCGAAAAUUUUGCGCUUGCCAUAUAAAGGUAAAAAAUUCUCAAUGUUUCUGUUGUUGCCAAAGACGAUGGGCAACAUUGAGUUGCUGACACAGAAUUUGGCCAAUGACCAGUUGAAACGCAUGCAAUGGGCCAUGGAGGCGGUGAAGGUGAAGGUGACAAUGCCGAAAUUCAAGUUUGACUUUGACAAGAAUUUGAAACCGACGCUACAACAAUUGGGUAUCAACGAUAUCUUCACCAGCGAAGCUUCCUUGCCGGGCUUGGCGCGCGGUUCGGCCGUUUCGGGGCUAUUGAAGGUGUCGAAUGUUUUUCAGAAAAGCGGCAUUGAUGUGAAUGAGAAGGGUACUGAGGCGGUCGCUUCGACGGUGGUGGAGGUCGAGAACAAAUUCGGUGGUACGCCGCUCAUUGAGGAGUUUAAUGUCAAUCAGCCGUUUAUUUUCUUCAUCGAGGAGGAGGCUACGGGAAAUAUUAUAUUUGCCGGCAAAGUGUUGGUGCCGACGGUUUGAAAAUGAUUUGGCGAAUAUAUAUGCCAGUGUGUAUUAUAUAAAUGCAUAUAAUUAAUAUUUAAUUUUACAGUCACAAAACGUGAGCGGCAUAAAGUGAACAAAUAAAAAUUUAUAAGCAUAUAAUGAGCGUUAUAAUUAAGAAAUUACUUUUAAAUUUGUUCAAAUGUAUGUGUAUACAUACGUACCUACCACAUGCACAUGGGUAAAAGUAAGCUCUAUGCAUGUAUGUAAAAUUAAGUUAUUUAAGUAAGCUUAACAUUUUUUUUUAUAUAAUUUCAAUACAUACUUUGUUUUUGAGAUGUGAAAUAUGUGAUAAGUUUUUGUAGAAACAAUUAAUAAAUCACUUAGAAACUCGAACGUAAUACCAAGAAAUAA